AAGGCUGGGAGGGUUUCCUGGACAGAGGUUCCGGCGGCCACCGCCUUAAGACGAGAGCCCGCGCCAGGCACGGCUCCACUGCUCUCCGACCCAGGCACGCUCCGCAGGCAGCAGCAUGGAGCUCUGGGCCGCCUCCCUGCUCCUCUGCCUCUUCUCCCUGCUGACCCAGGUCAUCGCCGAGUCACCGACACUCAGGCCACCAAACCCCAAAGUCAAGAAGGCUGCUGCCAAUGUCAAGAAAGAUAUUGUGAGUCCCAAGAUGGUGGAGGAGCUCAAGAACCAGCUGGACAGCCUGGCCCAGGAGGUGGCCCUUCUGAAGGAGCAGCAGGCCCUGCAGACAGUCUGCCUGAAGGGCACCAAGGUGCACAUGAAGUGUUUCCUGGCCUUCGCCCAGGCCAAGACCUUCCACCAGGCCAGCGAGGACUGCAUCUCGCGCGGCGGCACCCUGGGCACCCCGCAGUCGGGCUCAGAGAACGAUGCCCUGUACGAGUACCUGCGCCAGAGCCUGGGCGCCGAGGCCGAGAUCUGGCUGGGCCUCAACGACAUGGCAGCAGAGGGCGCCUGGGUGGACAUGACCGGAGGCAGCAUCACCUACAAGAACUGGGAGACAGAGAUCACGGCGCAGCCAGACGGCGGCAAGGCGGAGAACUGCGCUGCGCUGGCUGGCGCCGCCAACGGCAAGUGGUUCGACAAGCGCUGCCGCGACGCGCUGCCCUACAUCUGCCAGUUUGCCAUCGUGUAGGGCCUGGAGGGGAGACGCCAGAGCGGGCAGGGCCUGGGCUGGAAGCCGGGGGUGGGAGCGCGGAGGGAACCCGUUUUCCUUUUCCCUCUUCGGCCAGAAAAGUGGCCCAGAUCCCUGAAUGCUUGGGAUUAGCCUCUGCCUUCACUUG